CAGAUUGCAGUACUUGGCAUCGCGAAGAGUAGAAUGGUAUGACAGGCUGGACAGAAAAGAGGAGGAGGAGGAGGAGGAGGAGGAGGAGGAGGAGGAGGAGGAGGAGGAGGAGGAGGAGGAGGAGGAGGAGGAGGAGGAGGAGGAGGAGGAGGAGGAGGAGGAGGAGGAGGAGGUGGAGGAGGAGGAGGAGGAGGAGGAGGAGGAGGAGGAGGAGGAGGAGGAGGAGGAGGAGGAGGAGGAGGAGGAGGAGGUGGAGGAGGAGGAGGAGGAGGAGGAGGAGGAGGAGGAGGAGGAGGAGGAGGAGGAGGAGGAGGAGGAGGAGGAGGAGGAGGAGGAGGAGGAGGAGGAGGAGGAGGAGGAGGUGGACGAGGAGGAGGAGGAGGAGGUGGAGGAGGAGGAGGAGGAGGAGGAGGAGGAGGAGGAGGAGGAGGAGGAGGAGGAGGAGGAGGAGGAGGAGGAGGAGGAGGAGGAGGAGGAGGAGGAGGAGGAGGAGGAGGAGGAGGAGGAGGAGGAGGAGGAGGGGAUGGAAGGCUAUGCACGAGCAGCAGCUCCAGCUUGGCCAGCAGGUGCACGAGCUGCAUGCACUCCGUCUCCGACCCCUCACCACCUCAAACGACACUCACCGGCAGCAGCUCCUGCUUGCCCAGCAGGUUGACGAACUGCAUCCACUCCGUCGCCA